AUGUACUCGUUCCCCAACUUUAUCCGGGCGCCGGAAAAGAAUACAAAACCGUUGGACAACGCGUUUCCGGCGUUUAACCCGCAGUACCACUACAAAAGCGUGUACGAGAGAGCCGGGUUUGACAUCAACAGGGGGCAGCAUGGGAAACCGCGCCAUGCAAAUGAUUCCAGCAGCAGUGUGCCGCUCUCGGAGUAUAGAUUUUCAGACAAUGGCAGCGGCAAACCUCUGCAGCCAAUGACUUCGAGGUCGGAGACUUUUUUGCAACACCAGCCAAUUGGGAAAUCGACGAUGCAACAGGAGGAAGGAGGAGGAGGAGGAGGAGGAGGAGAAAAAAACAACAUCUCAUCUGGCUUGCACCAACAGCGGACUGCUGACUCGCUACACUCAUUGCGAAAAUCUGGCUCCGGUUCCCGUUCCGGUUCGGCCCCAGCUUCGGCGCCAGCUUCUUCGUCUUCGUCACGAUCGAGCAAGUCUCUGUCUAUGAGCUCAAAUCUCAUGGGCAGAAACAACGGCAACAACAUGAUCUACUGCUCCACAACAGUCACCUCGUUCCACAAUUCUUACGACCACCCUUUGACAGCAGGAACCCCCUCGGAAACACUCUUUGGAAAUGGACUGUCCACGGGCGCAAGAAGCCAAAGAAUGUCGUCCAACAGCAACCUUUACCAGGUGCAGCAUCCGGGCGUACUCGAUUCAAUCAGCCCAGUGUCUUCCGGUGCAAGCUCGCAAAAGAAUGUCAAGAACUUGACUCUAGAGUUGGAAAACGGAGAUUCUCAAUCGAUGCAUUCGAAAAUUUCAUCCUCGCAACAAUCGUACCAUAGUCAAGCACUCAACCUACUGUCUCACCCGCGAGACCCUAAUUUUGGCAACGGGCGCGUUGAAAAAUCGCCUGGAUACCCUUCAGCGCUCGCGUCGAAAAAUGGCGCACAAGACAUUUAUGGUCAAUCAGGGUACCAUGUUCAAAACCAGGAGACAUCCAUCGAAAUUGGUUGUCCUCAACAGCAACAGCAACAGCAACAGCAACAGCAACAGCCAUUUGACCCGAGAAGAUUGAGGCACCAGCAGCCUCAACUGGCACCAGCAGGUGCGGGCCAGUACUACCCACAAAAUCGGGCACCUUAUGGUCAACCCCAGGGUUAUUCUGCUCAGCCGACGCAAUACCAGCAACAACAUCCGCAACAACCAAUGGCGAGCCUAACGCCGAGGAAGCACAGCUUCCCUGAGCAGCGUCAUCGCUCUCCAACAACUCAGGAGUAUCAACAGCAGUAUCACAUGGAGCGACAAAUGGGCGCUAAUCCACAAUUGGCCCAGGGCGGUUAUUUGCCAUUUCAACAAUUGACUCCUGUUAACAAACCCUUUAAUAGCGGGAGACCUAAGCUGCCUCUUCAUAUGCACCAUCAAAAUGGCUCAAGCCCGAGACUCAGACAAAUGCAACUGAUGCCUCAAAUGCAAGCACAUCCAAUGCCUCAAAUACGUGUUACCACGGCUCCUAGCGUGCAGGACCUGAAAAGCCAAGGUUUUUCCCAGAGACAUCAAGAAUCUCAGCUGAGUUUGGGGUAUAGUCAUCCGCCAAGGCUGCAAGAAAGAGCUCCAGCAGUGAUGAUGCACUCCCAGUCACAACAACAACAACAACAGCAACAGCAACAACAGUUUGUUGCACUCACUGCCAACACCCAACGAGCAAGAUAUUCUGAGAUCAGAGAUGACAAACUUUCCGGUGCUUUGGAUGACUUGAAACUCGACAUUGCAAGUCAUAAACACAGAGGUGGAGAAAGAGGAGCAGGAGGAGGAGAAGGACAAGAAAAAAUGGAGACACAAUCACCGGAGUUGCCCAACUCGUCUCCCAGCAUGCUGGGAUUCUCAAAAUUUCCCCAGCGUUUGGAGCACGACGGAAACAAUAACAGUUUCAAAGCACCAACUUCUCACUACGAUGAGUCCGGGAAUGAGCAUCUAGACGCGUUCAGCGAUAUGGAAAAUGGCAACAGGGAAAAUAGGGCAAGUCAAUUGUCGACUGUUAGUUCGAUCCUUUCUAAAACUUCAUCCGCGGCGGAAAAAGAGAAGCGCAUUGAAGAAGAGCUUGAGAAUAGAUUGAGAAGCUUGAAGGAUGCUGGAAGCUAUGAUCAGUUAAAGAGUGCUGCUACUAGCCAGCGAUCUGCCGAGAGAAAUAACGAUUAUUCCGUCUACGAUGGCGCUCGCGGUACCUCGCCAGCGGCAGUGGAGGUGCCUUCACGUGGGGUGUUUUCACGCGGGGUGCGUCUCACUGACGAACGAAACGGCGGCAGUGGUAAUGUUGGCGGCGAUGGCGAUGGCGAUGGCUAUGGCGCUGAUGACAAGGACAGUAAUUGCGAUGAAAUGUCGAUUGCAUCGAUUGAAUCCAUCCAACCGCUUGCAGUGUCGCCCUCUGCCGUAUCACCCACACGCAAACCUGUGCCCGCGUCGGAUGACCCCACGAAUAUGACAAGGAAGGACUCGGCAGAGUACAAGAAGAUUAUCAAUGAGUUGAAUGUCAUUGAACAGGAAAUGCGCGCAGAUAACGAAACUCCAUCAUUCGCUUUUACGCGUUCACCUCCACCAGAACACGACGAAUUUGGCAAGAAUAGCGGUAACAGUAGUAUCACCGAGAUGAUGAAGGGGAAAAUUUAUGCGCCAGGUGCGGGUCCGUGUCGUGCCUGUAAUGGUAUAAUCGACCCUGGUGCAAAAGGGUCGCUCAAACCAAUAUUUACACGUACCCCGGGCGAACUUCUGGGCCAAUGGCACCGUGGCUGCUUCACAUGUUCGUACAAUGGAUGCACUAUACAUUUUUCAAACAAGAAUCAGCAAUGUUAUAUUUUCCAAGACUCGCCGUAUUGUUUCCAACACUACCACUUGUUGAAUGAGUCCACGUGUCUUUCAUGUGGAGUUGGUAUCGAGGGGAUAUGCAUUGAGAAUGAUUUAAGCCAGAAAUGGCAUAUUCAAUGCUUGACUUGUUCUGAAUGUAAGCAGGCUGUUGUCGACGUCGGCGAAGGUGGCGACUACUACUUUUUUGAAGAUCGGGUGCUUUGCCGGGAUGACGCGCUCAGGAUGAUGGAUAAAGAAGUUAAAAAGGACGACAGAUUCGAAAAAAGACGCACUCGUGUGUUUCAUGCUUAG